AUGGGCAAGACAAAGGGGAAGAAUGUUAAAUUAGGAGCCUUUGAGAUUCAGAAUGAUCUGCUUUCCGACCUCAUCGCUGCAGCAGGAAGUGAAAAUUCUCUGAAGGCCGCAGACGGUCACAACGUUGAUGGCUGGGCUGACGAAGACAUUCGAACUUACAAUGAACUCCUCAACGAAAGAGCAAAACUCGAGAAGGAAAAGACUGAGCUCGAGCAAAAAUCAUCCAGGCAUCAAACCCAACGAGCCUUGCUCGACGAGCAUGCAACAGCCCUGGAUAGCUUUUUCAAACCCCAACUGGGUGGAGAGUUCAAAUUCACGGGCCAAAGUAGCUGCUGCUUGGAUGCUGAUGCUGACAACACUUGUGUUGGGGAUCCCCAUGGCCGUGGAUUUCCAUGUAAGCAUGAAGUCUGCAAGCGUGCAAAGAGCAAAGGUGUCUCUUGGGUUGAAAUGGACACCAUAAAGUAUUAUCAUGCGAGAAUAAUGGCCGAGAAAUCGCAGAGAAUGCAGAAGGCUCUCCGCAAACAACGAGAUGUUGAGUUGGUACGCGUGAAGAAGGACGACGAGGAAGAAUUUGCUCUGAGGAAUCGCAAGAACACUAACCUAGAUAAGGGCCACCGUCCCACUCUUGAUGGUUCACAGCCAUGCAAAAGUGACAGGAAUGCCCCUCUCGACCCGUCUACGUUGGACAUGCUUGCUUCCAACGACUUCUUGCUUGACCCUCGGAACAGUGCAAUAUUGGAAGCUGCGAAGGAGAAUGAGCAUAUUGUGAGAAGGAUCCGUGCAAGGCUAGAUAAAAUCCGGCACGAUGUUAAUGCUGGUAGAGUUUCUCCAGCAGAUGCACGAGUGAAGUUGGACCAGGCGAAUUUAGAAAUGGCGGAAGCUGAAAGAAAAAACAACGAAUUCCGUCAGAUGAUUUUGGACGCCGAGCCCGCGCUUUCACACUUACAACAACCAAGCCCAGGCAGUCUGUCAAAUGUUCUCUCCAAAACAUUGGCUUCUUCCAAUGCUGACGCCUUUUCUCAAGCCUUGACUGUUAUGAAGGGCUUUUUUAGUGCCUCAGAUCCUCACGACGUUCAGACCGCAAUCACAGAUUUACGGAGUGUCCUUGAACUCAACGGCCCUAUGUCUCCUGUCCUUCAAAAGUCCUUCCAGACACUGGAGGAAAUGCUAGCAAAACCCAACGCGAAGGGAUUCACAGUUGAUGUCACUACAGCCGAUGGGACAACCCGGACCUGUAACAACGUUGUUGAAGUCAUGAUGAAUCUUCGGCUCAAGAUGCAAGGCAAAGAUCCUCGCUCCACGAUUGCCGAUGCAGACCUCAACUUGGACAAUGACACCAUGAAAGCCAACCAUGAGUGCGUGGAGGUGGAAGAAGUGGCCAAGAAAGACAUGGAGAGAAUGGUUGAGAAGAUGGCUAAAGAUUCCGAUGACACCCUGAUGGAAGCUCUAAUGGUCAUCAAGACGAGAGCUAUUUUGAAGUCUCCCAUCCCACCAUUAUCAGACAUUGUACUUGAUACUGUCAUCAGUGACCUAAUGUUUAAACGUGCAGCCAACGCUCUUAUCCUAGAUGCGAACAAAGGCGCCCGUCUUCUAGAACUCUCAGGCAAGCUGACGAAACUUGUGAUCGAGACUGCACGAAAGAAACCGGAGAAGUACAUCCUGACUUUGGACCUGGUCAAGGAACACAUUGUCACAACUCCAACUCCACCACAAACCCUCCUUGAUGCCCUGUCUAAGGUGGAGGUUCAGAUGUCGAGGUUUGUCGCCGUGCAGGAGGCAAAGAAGAAGAAAAACAAGGAUGAAAGCCCACUGGCUGCGAUGUUGGACAUUACUUCUCAGACUUUACUACAUCCGCAAAUUGCAUCGUCCACCAGGCAUGCUAUCACCCCAGAAGAAGGCUUACACCAGCUUGAUGCGCUCUUUGACCGUGGGGGAAGAUUGGCAAAUCCCAAAACUCUCCGCGACAGUAUGGCCUUACAUUACCGGACAUUUCUUGAGCUCGGGCCCUGGGAAAUGUUCCGAAUAUUCGCUGGGUACCAUAUAGAGCCGGCAUUCGUCUUUGAGCCUUGGGACUGGGAGAUGAAUUUCUUCAAAGCAAACAAAGAAAUUCUCUUCCCUCCCACACAUCAGUGCCUAGAAAUGAUAUUCGACUAUCAGAGACGCGGUAUCUGUCCUGGUCAGACAGCCCUUGUAAUUUCUCAACGUUUGACAUGUCAGAUUCGGAUCGACUUCGAGGCCGCGAAGACUAAUCUUAAGCUCAUCAAGGGCAUCUUAUCUCACCACAACUCUGCAAGCAACAAAAAUUGGUUCCGUACCUUUAAUUUCAUAGGUCAAACAAUGAUCGAUCUUUUCGGCGCACUGGUCGUCGAGAUAUCAGCAUGGGAAAAGAACGAUGCGACCAUUAUGGCGAUGGAUGUUGCCGCCAUGUUUUGCACCUUCUCCCUUGGUGCUUCUGGUCAAAUGCAAGCUUAUAGUAAUCUGAAGGUCCUUGAAGAAUUCAUCGCAGCCGCUCUCGUGGACUACGACAAGGGAAAAAAUCUAGGUAGGCUUCACGACACUUUGGGUCGAUUCUACCACCUUUGCAACGAUCCACGUUAUCUUUGCAGCUUCCAGCACAAAUGCCGUGCCCAAGUACAGGAGGAAGACAAAGACAAAUUCAAAGCAACUUUUCCUGUCCCACUUGAAGUCGAAGAGGCCCGGAGCAAACCGGUGGAAGCGCUGCCUCGACCACUUAAGGCAUUCGAAGGGCUCAAAAACCAGAUGCCUGAGCCAAGUGCCCCGCCGCGUCAUAUUCCUAUUAUUUCCAACGUUCAAUAUGAACCUGCUACCGACCCCGGUGCUGUUAGGUCCUUGUUAAACGCAUUGAACAGUUUGGACUACAUUAAUGAUCUUGAUCCGCAAUCCAACAAGGUCAACGAUCAGGAAAUCCAAUUUCGAAAAGCCAUUCAAAAGUACAAGGUUAAACUGAACGAAGACUUGGAUUCUUAUCACGAAGGCAGGGGAGCUGAAUACCAGAAGGUACUAGGUCAGAUUUCUUCAACCACCAAUGAUUUGAAGGCCCUCCACAAGGACUUCGUCAAUGGAACACAAGAAAAGGAUAUCUCUACCAAGUCUCGGUUUUCUGAGCAUCUUGAUGAAGAGUCAACGGUACAGGAGAAUGAAUUAGGAUCUCAAGGUAUCAGUUUGAGGCACGUUUCCCGGAAAUCGCCAAGCAUGGUGAAGACUUGGUUAGACAUCACUUCAGAGUCUGGGAAUGUCCAGAAAAAAAUGACCGAAGCUUCCACAGCAUCUCAGCGUGAAGGCCGAAUUCAGUCAUCUACUGCGUUUGAGACUAAUCACAAACGUGUUUUGCCCACUUCUACAGCCUCUCAAUCCUCUUCCACUCAACCCGGUUCUAGAGCAACAGCCACUGCUGCUAUGGAUACCAAAACUACGAUCACAGAAUCUACCAUUAAAACUGCCGCAAAGACGUCUGCGCAUGAGCCAAAAUUCUCUCCACCUGAAGAAAAGAUCAAACAACAACUCACAACUUUCCUCAAUGGGGUUCUCAACAUUGGUUCCGACGUCAAGGAGAUGCCCGAUUCAGUUCACAAGGACGUAUUCCAGGGCGUCGCGAAGCAUCUCCAAGACAUGGCGCGCGGACACAUCGACAUGGCUUGGAUCAUCGCCGAAGGUCGCAACUACACCGCACUACAAGGCUGGCUGAGGGAACGAUUUGGGAGCAGACCAAAGAAGGAGGAUGAUGACGGCUACGACAACGACGACAAAGUCGCUGCCACAACAGCC